AAAUCUAUGACGCUCAUCAUGUAGGUGUUUUUUCUAUGGUGCCAUUUUACUUCUGAAGGUGAACAAGGUUUUUGUGAAUUUGUGGAGUUUUCAAUUUUCUCAUUUUAAUAAUGCAGGGAUUAAGCUUGAGCAGCCUUAAAAAGCACCCGGCACUGAUCCCGCUGUACGUGUGCGUGGCGGCCGGCGGGCUGGGGGCGGUGUUCUACACGAUCCGGCUGGCCGUCAAGAGCCCGGAGGUGACGUGGAACAGGAAGACCAACCCGGAGCCGUGGCAGGAGUACGCCAACAAGCAGCACAAGUUCUACUCACCAGUGAGGGACUACUCGAAGGUGGAGUGCCCCGCCCCCAAGUACACCGACUAGAGCAGCCAGCAGCGCCUAGUGUAGUCCCGUCGUAUCUGGUCUCCAGAUUGUAACUGUUCAUUGUCUCAUUGUACAUAUGUUUGCAUCCGUGACGAAUAAAAUGUUAUUAAAUUGAAA